ACACGCAACUACUGUACACGUCAAAACAACUGUAUCCGGUAAGUGAUCUCCAUCUUCCUUUUUCAUUUAGUGUAAAGCAUGCCUUUCCAAAGGUUUGUAGAAACCGGCCGCGUGGCCGUUGUAUCGGAAGGCCCACAUAAGGGCAAACUUGUUAGUAUUGUAGACGUAAUCGACCAGACAAGGGUUUUAGUUGAUGGCCCCAAUAGCAAUGUACCCAGAGGACAGCUUAGGUUAAAUGAAUUGCAUUUAACAAAGUUCCGCAUUAGGUAUCCAUUUUCAGCUCCAACUCGUGUUGUAAGAAAAGCAUGGACUGAUGCUAAGAUUGAUGAAAAAUGGAAUGAAUCCGUCUGGGCCAAAAAAGUAGCAGCCAAGGAAAAGAGAUCACAACUUACAGAUCUUGACCGGUUCAAACUUCGUAGGGCUCGUUCACGAAGAAACCACAUCCGUACAGCUACUUUCCUUUCUUUAAGGAAGGCCGCAUCAAGAAACGGUUUCCUCUAUGGUAAAAAGAAGAUGGCUAAAGGAGGUGACAAACCUAAACCAAGCAAGAAGGCGAAGAAAGAAAAGCCUGCAUCCAAGAAGAAAUAAUUUUUAGAUUAAAUGACAAUAUAUUUGUUUAAAAAAC